AAAGUAUUUAAUGAUGUUAAGUUGAUUUUAGUUUUUAUUUUGUUCUGUUACAAGACAAACGCCAAUUUUUACGCCUAGAGUCCAACUCUUAAACUAACCCCCCAAAAAUUAUGGAACUUGCGUACAUUUUCCGGAACACAUUGUGCCGCCUGUUGCUGCUCUCCGCGCUCACAGCGAGAGCGACCGGCCAGACCUACGAGGCCACCAUGGCCAUUUACCGAGACAAGCUCGGCGGUGACAACUACAACACUGAGAUCAGACCCAUCAAAGACCAAUCGCGAGCCAUCUUCGUUAACGUCAGUUUCGAGCUGGUCUCCAUCGUGGAAGUGAACGACGUCCUUCAGAGUUUUGUCUGCAAUGGUUUCCUGGUCUUCAGCUGGCAUGAUCAGGUGAGGACACCAUUAAGUCAAUUUUUUAAAUGUAUUUUUGUGUGUUUGGAAAAAGGGAAACAUUUAUUUAAGUGAUAAUUUACUCAUCUUUUGUAUAUAGGUUAAAUGGAAUUUAUAAAAUUACCGAUACAUGAAAUAUACGAACGCCCCAGAUCUCGAAGAAACUGGAAUCCUAACGAAAAAGUCCAGCACACUUUUGUAUAAAAUACAAAAAUUGCAUUGGAAUUCAAAUGUCCAGGACAUUGUUCGUGUAAUUUUUUUGUGCGUAAGUUUCUUCCAGAACUCUGGCCACGACUACGCUGCGUCUUUCCGUUCGCUGUAAGGAGCUGUAUUAAAAGCAUCUCGUGCGAUUUUCACUUAAAAUUUUAUUUAUCUGUGUUUAUUAAAUAUUACAGUUUUAUACAAUAACAACUGAGUAUAUUCGCCAUGGGUCCUUGAAAGUAAUUUGAGGAAGAUGAGAAAAAAAGCUGUUAGAGCUACACUUGAAGCUAAGAAAAAUCUCAUUGCUAAAUAUGAAAGAAGUAAACUUACAGCUGACCUUCCUACUCUGUCAGUAAUACCUCACUUCACUGUUUGUAUGGUUUUGAAAACACAAAGAAGCUGUCAAAGAAGAAGAUGAGGUGGCAAAAGGGGGUUACGGCACAGUCCUGGGUGUAGACACUUACCUUAUGUUGCGACACUGACCUGGAUUUGAAACUGACUUGGGGUUAGACAACGACCUGGGGCUAAACACUGACCUGGGAUUAGACACUGACCUGGGGUUACAACACUGACCUGGAGUUACGACACUGACCAGAGUUACGAAACUUACAUUAUUUACAACACUGACCUGGAGUUACGGCAAUGACCUUGGGUAAGACCCUGACCUGAAGUUACGAAACCGACCGAUGGUUUGACACUUGGCUGGGGUUAUGACACUGACCUGAGUUACGACACUGACCUGGGGUUAGACAACGAUCUGGGGCUAUACACUGACCUGGGAUUAGACACUGACCUGGGUUUGCGACACUGACCUGGGGUUACGACACUGACCUGUGGUUACGACACUGACCUGGGAUUACCACAAUGACUGGGGUUAAGAAACUGACUAUAUGUUACAACACUGAUCGUGAUUUACGACACUGACCUUGAGUUACAUCACUGAUCUGAUGUUUUGACACCAACCUAGGCUUUGACACUGAUUUGAUGUCACGACACUGACCUGAUGUCACGACACUGACCUGAUGUUACGACAGUGACCAGAUUUUUUUUACACUGACCUGAUGUUACGACACUGACAUAAUGUUACGACACUGACCUGAUGUUAUGAAACUGACCAGAUUUACGACACUGACCAGAUGUUACGACACUGACCUGAUGUUACGACACUGACCAGAUGUUACGACACUGACCAGAUGUUAUGACACUGCCCUGAUGUUCUGACACUGACCAGAUGUUACGACACUGACCAGAUUUUAUGACACUGACCUGAUGUUACGACACUGACCAGAUGUUACGACACUGACCAGAUGUUAUGACACUGCCCUGAUGUUCUGACACUGACCAGAUGUUAUGACACUGACCUGAUUUUACGACGCUGACCAGCUGUUAUGACACUGACCUGAUUUUACGACACUGACCAGAUGUUACGACACUGACCUGAUGUUAUGACACUGACCUGAUGUUAUGACACUGACCAGUUGUUAUGAAACUGACCAGAUGUUACGACACUGACCUGAUGUUACGACACUGACCAGAUGUUAUGAAACUGACAAGAUUUACGACACUGAACAGAUGUUAUGAAACUGACCAGAUGUUACGACACUGACCAGAUGUUACGACACUGACCAGAUGUUAGGACACUGACCAGAUGUUAUGACACUGACCAGAUUUUAUGAAGCUGACCUGACGUUACAACACUGACCUAAUGUUACGACACUGACCAGAUGUUACAACACUGGCCUGAUGUUACGACACUCACCUGGGUUUACGACACUGACCUAGGGUUACGUCACUGACUUGAUGUUGUGACACCAACCUGGGAUUAAGACACUGACUUGGUGUUAGUAAUUGGUGGACGAAGAAACGUAGAGUUUUUCGGACCCAGUAUCGGAUUAAUCCAGUUUUUACUCUUUUAAAGGGGAAAAAUUGUCUUGGAACUCGAACCCAAUGAAGCGCGAAAUUGGUUACGGAACAGAUUAUUUUUAGUUUCCAGGUCCCAGUGUAAUUUGUUUAGAUGUAAUUAAUGUAUCAUCCAUUUAAUGUAUGCAUUUUAAAAAUAUUUUAUCCGUUUAAAAAAAAAAUGUGUUACUAUUCAAACAUUAUUUGAAAACUUGUUAUUCCACGAGAAACAAAAUUUCAAUGACAACGUCCAUAUUUUGUGUAUCAGCGUAUUGUCUGGGACCCAGCCAACUAUAACGGUCAGACGGUGAUACAUCCCUUGCCAGAGAAGAUCUGGAGGCCAAGGGUCAUUUUGAUGAACACCCUCGGUGAGAGGGACCUCUUCGCUGACCAUAAAUCGUGAGUUUUAAUCCAGUUAUAAACUGGGGGUGGAGCUUUUGCAGCAUCCCUUAGGCAUCCACGGUGUUGCCAGGUCUAGGUCUAUUUUUUUCCGUAUAAAUAUUUUUUUAUAUUUUAAAAAUAUUUUUAAAUUCGUUAUUUAAAAUGUAAAAAAAAAAUAUUUUUAGUUUUUUUUUUAAAUAUUGUUUUAAAUAUAUAAAAAUAGUUUUUAUUAUUUUAAAAUAUUGUUUAAUAUUUUCAAAACUUAAUAUUAAAUUAAAAAAAAAAAAGAUCAAUAAUCUUUUAAUAUUUUUGGAAGUGGCUAUUAUUUUUAGUUUUUUUUUUAAAUAUUGUUUUAAAUAUAUAAAAAUAGUUUUUAUUAUUUUAAAAUAUUGUUUAAUAUUUUCAAAACUUAAUAUUAAAUUAAAAAAAAAAAGAUCAAUAAUCUUUUAAUAUUUUUGGAAGUGGCUAUUCGGACCCGGGUGUGAGAAGUUAGAGGUUGGGAUUAAAAUUUAAAAAAAAAAAAAAAUUAUUGUUCGGUUUUAAGACAAAAUUUGGUAUCAAAUGAAAGAUAAUUGAAUGGACUAUAUGUUUGUAAACUUUAUUCUUCAGUUAAACUAAAAUAAACUACCACAAAUGACAUCUGAAUAGCAUUGAGUCAAAUUGGAACUGGAAACGCAUCGCCGUUAUUCGGACCCGGGUCCCUUAAGACUCAAUGCUAUUCAGAUGUCAUUUGUGGUAGUUUAUUUUAGUUUAACUGAAGAAUAAAGUUUACAAACAUAUAGUCAUUCAAUUAUCUUUCAUUUGAUACCAAAUUUUGUUUUACAAACCCAACAAUAAUUUUUUAAAUAUUGUUUAAUAAACUCAAACUCUAACUUCUCGGACCCAAGGCCGAAUAGCCGCAGCCAUAUUUUUUAUUAUAUUUUUUUUUAAAAAUAGUUUUAAUUUUUGUUUUAAUAGUUUUUAUUUGUUAAAAGUAAGUCUUGAAAUUUAAUUUUUUCAGAAGUGCUACCUAAAAAAUGUAAAGCAAUUAAAAUAAUCGAAGUCAUUUUUAGACUUGGGUAAUCGCAAGUCCAGCGAAAUUGGAGAAACCGAAUCAAAAUCUUUGGCAGAUUUUUGUUGCCAUUAAUCUAUGCAUUAAACAAGAUUUACUGCCUAAUUUACCCGUAAAAUUUCACCUGUAUUACGAUCGUAAUGUGGAGUCCAUAGAGUUGUACCAGAAAUGCUAAUAUAUGUUAUCCGUGAUAACUUUCAUUGUAUUUAUUACAAAAUAAACUGUUAUUUAUUUAAAUUAUUAAAUAUUGUAUAAAGAUUACCAGCGUUAUAUGUCUCGGGUAGUUCGAUAUGAUACUGGUAUGAAAUACUUGUGCACUUGAUAAAACUAAUUCUACUUAUUCUUUGUGUAGUCCUGUUUUCAUGUUCCACAAUGGUAAAACCAUAUGGGUCCCUGGGAGCUUGUUCCCUUCAGCAUGUGAGCUGCACAUGAAGAAUUACCCGUUUGACGAG